AUGACCUCACUCGCCCCCUCCUCUCCCCCAACCUCCUCCUCCCAAACCCAAGAAUCGCCAGCUCACCAACAAGCACGCACCUACCUACACAGUCUCCUAUCCAAAACCCUUCUCAUCCAUACAACCGACAAUCGCAUGUUUCGGGGGUCAUUCAAGUGUACCGAUUCUGACCUCAACAUAAUCCUCUCGGAAACCUAUGAAUAUCGCAUUCCACCUUGUCCUCCUUCAUCCUCAAUCCCACAACCUCCCUCCUCAACUUCCACCUCUCCCACAUCUUCCGCAAACCCCUCCACAUCAAUCUUAAAUAUUACACCCCGCUGGCUAGGACUCGUCGUCGUACCCGGAAAACACAUCGUACGAAUCGAGCUUGAAGAAUUCUCGAGUCAGGUGCGAGGACGGAAACCUACAACCACUAUCAACACUUCAGAUCCUUUAGCUAAGGUUAAUCCCCCAGAACAAGAUCCAUUGAUCAAAGGAAAAGAGAAGGAAAUUUCGAUCUGA